ACGUGCCCUGCGCCAAUUCUCUGCCUAAGACAAAACCAUGCAGCUGGAGAUCAAAGUGGCCCUGAACUUCAUCAUCUCAUAUUUGUAUAACAAGCUGCCCCGGCGACGGGCAGACCUGUUUGGGGAGGAGCUAGAACGACUCUUAAAGAAGAAGUAUGAAGGCCACUGGUAUCCUGAUAAGCCACUGAAGGGCUCGGGCUUCCGUUGUGUCCACAUUGGGGAGACCGUGGACCCUGUGGUGGAGUUGGCCGCCAAGCGGAGUGGCCUGGCAGUGGAGGACGUGCGGGCCAAUGUGCCUGAGGAGCUAAGCGUCUGGAUUGACCCUUUUGAGGUGUCCUAUCAGAUUGGGGAGAAGGGAGCCGUGAAAGUGCUAUACCUGGAUGACAGCGAGGGCUGUGGUGUCCCCGAGCUGGACAAGGAGAUCAAGAGCAGCUUCAACCCUGAGGCCCAGGUCUUCGUGCCUAUUGGAAGCCAGGACAGCUCCCUGUCCAACUCCCCAUCACCAUCCUUCGGCCAGUCGCCCAGCCCCACCUUCAUCCCGCGCUCUGCCCAGCCCAUCACCUUCACCACCGCCUCCUUCGCUGCUACCAAGUUUGGCUCCACCAAGAUGAAGAAGGGUGGCGGGGCAGCCAGCGGUGGGGGUACAGCCAGCAGUGGGGGGAGUGGCCAGCAGCCUCCACAGCAGCAGCCUCGGCUGGCCCGCUCGCCCACCAACAACCUGCUGAAGCACAAGAACCUCUCUCUGUCUAUGCAUUCGCUGAACUUUAUCACAGCCAGUCCGGCCCCACAAUCCCAGCUCUCACCCAAUGCCAAGGAGUUCGUGUACAAUGGCAGUGGCUCACCCAGCCUGUUCUUUGAUGGGGUCGAUGGCCAGGGCAGUGGCACCUCAGCCCCUUUUGGGGGCACUGGGGCUGGCACCUGCAACAGCAAUACCUUCGAUGUGGCCCAGGUAUUUGGAGGGGGCUCCAACAGCCUCUUUCUGGAGAAGACACCUUUCGUGGAAGGCCUCAGCUACAACCUGAACACCAUGCCCUACCCCAGCCAGCCCUUCCAGCCCGUGGUGCUGGCCAACUGACCCCACCCAGCUACGAGGCCAGGAGCCCAGGACCACUGGAAAGAGAAAGGAAUGGAAAGGCCAAAAGAAGAGGAAAAGA